GUCACUAACAGGCACGGGAAGGGCGGGCGAGCAGCACAGAGCGCUGAGGGAGGCGGCGGACGAACAGCAGCUCUGAGAGGAGAGGUCGGUGUGGGACGCUCCGGCCGAGAGGAGGACGGGACUGAGGGUCAGCGGGAGCGGCGGGGAGAGGCAGGAGAACCGCGGGGUAUUCCGGGCGGUGGGGAGGACCUGGUGCUGGCUGUACGGGCCUGGGCCCGGCGGGGGCCGCGCGGCGCCUUCUCCCCCUUUGUUGUGGUGGGGAUGCGGCCGCGCUCGGGGCGGCGGGUGGGGGGGAGUCGGGUCCAACGCGGGGAACAGCACGAACCCACAGCGCGUGUCUGAGAGCCGUGCCUCCUUGAGCUCGGGGCCGUGCCCCUCUAGGGAAGGACCUUUCAUCACGCCCCUCUCAGCUCGUGCACGCUGCGCUGCUCCUGUAAGAGCAGCGUAGCGGUUCUGUCUGUGCUGUUUUUUUGUUUCUUUUCGGAGGGGAGGAGGAGUGCCUCGGUGCGGUCUUUCAGCCUUUGCCUUGGGGGAAUAAAAGAUGAGUGAAGAGCCCUUGUGGCAUCCUGGAGAGCCGUUGGGUUCAACAGGCUGCAGCUCGGUUUUGUGUGUUGUUGGUUGGGUGUCGUGAUCUUUGACUAAAGAAGCCGUGUGUGUUGUGCUCCCUUCAAAUCCCUUUACGUUAAGUAGGUAGUUUUAAGGAAAAGUUCUGUUUUCUGGAUCCGCUGCAGGAAAAAUUUCUGAAAAUGCUGCUCCUGGUCACAGGUGAGUAACUUCCAUCUGCAGAGAGAAGUUAGUAAUGACAGCUUACGAGGAGCCCACACCUAACAGCAGGUUUGCCUGUCCGUAAGUGUUCUACUCUUAGCCUGGAGAGCUGCACUUUCAGACUGAUUCACAGCGUUACUUUUGUGGGGUUGGAGUGUGCAGUGAGGCUGAUGAGUCUUUUCUCUGUUCUCCAGACUGGAAGAACCUCCUGUUGUUAAGUCAAAAGGCUUAUCUAACGGAACGCAGUUGCUGUUUAGUCUUUAAGAAGUGUUAUCACAGUGUUGGAACCGUGGUUGCAUGGUACAUGAGUAGCUUUAUUGUUUGAUGGCCUUAAAACUUCAGUGUUCACAAACUCCAGUGAAUUACAGGGGAAUGAGAAUAUAAAUAAAGAAAGGUUUGAAGUUUGUAGUUGCUUUUCCCUGCCUCGCUCCAUUUGCUUAGCACUAUCGUGGUGAAAGAUAGCAUUGAUUAUCAGUGCCUUUAAAAGAGGAGUGGGGGAGGAUUGCACUAAGAGUGGCUCAAACUUCAGUGUGUUCUUAGCAUCACCUUUAACAGUAGUUUGGGAUGUUUAAUGACUUGUUAGAGGAUUGGUCUGUAAUCGUGUUGUUCAGGAUUGGACUGCACUGACUGUCACCAGAAUGAACAGGAGUGCAGGUUCAGUUUUCUUUAUGGAGGAAUCUGGCCACGCAUAAUACAGUUUUGGAGAAAACUUGUCAAUGUUCCUGAGGUUUAUUUGACCAUAGUAAUAAUAAUUCCCUCUCUUCCCCCCCUUCUCCCCCCUCAAAAUAAAGCACAUCUGAAAAAAGUGAAUUUUAAAAAAUUGGUCUCAUAACUGAUCUCUUUUCCCCUCCUGGAAACCAGGGGCAGGAGCAAAAGCAGGUGAAUUUGGAUCACAAUGCAUCUCUAAAUGCAAAGCCCUGCUGGGUGCUCCUUCACCUUCCUGCUCCACUUGAUCUUUCAGAAGUGUUGAGCACUGGUUGAUGUAAUUGAGUGUAUUGGAGCUCAGAAAUCUCUGCUGCUGAGCGCAGAUUUAAAAACAAAACUUGUCUCCAUCUGUCUAAUCUCCUUCCCACAAUCGUACUGGGAGAACAGGCUUGGUAGUAUGUUCUGGCUAACAAAGAAUAUGAAUUAUGGUUGAGACUGAAGAAAACUCCCAAGUUUUCUUUCUAUAAAGAGCAGCACACAGAGUUUUAAUUAUUAUAAAAGUAUUCUAGAUUUUUCAAAUGUACUCAACACUGCCUUAAUGACUGUGCAUGUAAAUGCCCUGUAAUUGAAAGCAGCCAUUUAUGGGCCUGACUUGCUAAGUGAGCUGUAAAUUCUGCUUUUCAGAUUGGAUUUAAUGACUUUUAUCAUAAAGCCACAAACUGGUUGUGAGCUGUGCCGAGAGGCAAACAAUACCUAAGCUUACUUUGCCAAAAUAUUUGUAAUUGUGGAUUUGUUAAACUGAAUUGCUGCAGGUCAUGCGAUGGGAUUAGUUUUUUGUAAUAGAAUGGGGAGUGCAGGCAGUGCUGUGCUCAAUACUCUCUGGGCUAGAAGAAAUUGGUGACCACAGAAAAUCUUGCUAAAUGUUGCUUUCAACUUCCUGCAGUGUUGCUGGAAGACUUCGUUCCAGAUGACUUUUAUUGUGAUUAAGUGUGUUUGACAGCUGGAGUGUGAAGGGAGACCAAGAAGAGACUGUGAGAGAGCAGCUCCUGGGUCUGCUAUCAGUGUAGUCAGGGGCUUGAGCUUGAUUUAAUUAAGCGGGAGCAAGAUGAGCUUAAUGGAAGACACUCUUCAAGCUCUGCUUAUGGUGGAGGAAGGAGAGUUUAACGAAGUUGGGAAAUUGUUAAGUUGUGCAGAUAGAAGCUGAAACAGGCACCCGAGUACCUGCUGAUCAGUUCUGGGACUGCUCCUUUCAGAUUUACCCAGGAGCAUUUCCUUUCUAACCUAAUGGAACUGACUCUUGCCUGUUACACAUGGAAAAUUUUAAUCAAAACAAAUUAGGUGAGAAGAGCUUAAACUGCUGUGGUUUGGAAUGCUCAUUUGGUGCUUUUGUGGCUCUGUUGAGGUCUUCCAGUAUUAAGGAGCAAUGCUGUGAGUUCAUAAAUACUAAGUAUGUGGGAAAAAUGUGCUGCUUUGCAGACAGGUGAAUUGGCUGCCUGCAGCUGUGGUACAUUUUUCAGGCUUCUAAGAGAAUUGCUAAGAUAUAUUACUCUUAAUUAUUUCAAUCAGAGGUCAGUAAAAUUAAUGUCUUCACUUCUUUCUCAUAUUUCUGGUUGCAUGCAAUUUAGUGUCACUGGGUGAAUGUGUUGCUUCCAAUCUGUUAGUUUUCUUCCAACAAUAAUUUUUCAUUACUUUUUGAGUACUACUUAGUAACUGGAGAAAAAUUCAACUUCUGAAACUUUGCUGUUGUCGUGUUGGUGCUUAUUUUAGUUCUGCAUGUAGAAAAUGUGUGUUUUCUUGUUUGAUUCGCAAUCAAAUUUCAUGAAUUGCGUGAGAGGAAAUGUGUGUGUUCAAUGUACAUGUAUAAUUCUCUCCUCAAUGAGCUAUACAGAGGAAAAAGUUGUUACAUAAAGUUUCAAGAUCCCCUUGAGCAUAAUAAACUCCAAAAUCAGUGCUCAAAUUGAAUCUAUAUAAUGGCAUGUUGCAAAAUCCUCAUUCUAAGGUUGUCCCAGAGAAGGAAUUCUCUUUGCUGCUGGCCCCCUGGAUCACAGACAGCCUGCCUUGAACUUCAGCAGCUCAUGCAGGAGCUGAGCCUGGAGCUUGGCUUUGCCAAUGAAGCUGUGGCCAGAUGGAGCCCCUGGGGAGACAGUGUUUCUGAGCCUUCCCUUCUGCUGGGUAAUUGGCUGCAGGGCUCAGCUGGGGGUGGACCAUGGCACAGGGCUGGAUUCUUCUCCCAGCUCUCUGCCACUGUUGGCCCGACAGCAACAAACUCUAGCAUCCUAAGCACAGGAAAGGAAGGAAACACUUGAAGCUGUCUUAUCCCAGCCUGAAUGUAAGGAGGUGCAUCACCUGAGUUCUACACAUGGUUGUUUUUCAGAAACCUGUGUAUGAACAGCAGGCUUGAGCUUCUCCAGAUGAUAAAAGAGGUAUUUAACAUACCUUUGUAGGAUAAGAAGAAGCCCCCAUUGGGAUUCGGGGCAUGUUUUGGAGGGGUGCAGGAGCAGAAGUGGAAUGUCCUCUCCUGUCCAUUCCUCUAAGUUCUGUAAAUAGGACUUAUUUCCUCUGCAAGGAGAAAGAGCUUUUAGUUACAGUAUACAGAAUUCAGGUUUCCUGUGAGGUGAGAUAGCACUGGGGAAAUUUGUUUCAGAUUCAGCUGUCUUGUUAUUUGAAAUAGCUUAAAGAUUCCAGAAGCAGGCCACAAUUUUGUUAUGCUUCACUUCAGUACAGGAUGAAAUGCCGCAUCUUUUCUUAAAGUUUUGAUGUCUUAAUGACUUUGCAUUGAUAUAGGUGACGUGGAAUAUUACAUAUGCUAUAGAUCUUAAAGCUUUAUCUCUCAGUGCUGCUUGGCGUAGUAUAAGAUCUUUCUACUGCAUUAAACAGAUGAUGCUAGAAUUAAUAUCUUUACUAUGAAGGAAUUAUCAUAGGAAGGCAUGUGGAGGAGAAAGGUGGAUAUUCCCUCUUCCUCUAAGAUGUAUGAAACAUUGUGCACUGGAUGAAAUUGGUAUAGAAUCUUGUCCAAAUUCCAGGAUUAAUGAAAAAAAACCCACCUUUUAUGUCCCAAAAUGGGUCUGAAACUGGGAAGAAAUAAAGACUCUUAAGUGCCACGAAAAGGUUUUCCUUGAUUCUCUUUUAGCUUCUGUCCUCUUUAUUGCAGAAGAGCACUUGAAAAUGAAGCUAUUCUCAAAACAGGUUGCAUAAAAUAAAACCAGGAGAGAUCAGAUUUCUUGAUUUCAGGUUUAAGACGAAUGAACAAACUGGUAUGAAAUAUGUUGCAUAAGGCUUUACAGUAGUUAUCCAGAAGUCAGUUGAUAUUUUUGUUUAUAGUAUAUACCAGGCACUCAGGAAAGGAAAACUUCCCUUGAAGAUUUCAUUCUGCCUGCAUGCUGCCCUGAAGUUUUCCUUCAUAUUUUACGCUUAGUUAUUGCUGGGAUCAUAGGCUUAAUAUUUAAUCCCCGUUCCAGAGAACCACAGCAGAAUUGAAUAAUAGCAGACAUGAUUCAAACGGCAACUUUAGAAGUUGCCAGCAAUCACACUGUUUGACCAACUAUAGAAACGUGUGCAUGAGGAAGCGGGAUAUACUGCGGGGGUAGAGAUGAAGCAUACCACCACCAUUAGGCAAUCUGCGAGUUUUCUAGCUAUAAUCUGUUGGAUACAACAGACACGUGUUCCCUGUGUGCCAGCAGUCUGACACUGGUAGCUCUCUUUCAAACCCUUGAGUAGUCAGGGUUGCAGUUUUAAGGCACAAUCAGGCAAAUGUGGUAAGAAUUGAAGUAGAGACAGCUUUCUGUUCCGUGUCACAGUUCUGCUGCCUUUCUCUGGAUGUGCUCCUUGGUGCCUUUUCUUGUGAUGAGAGGCUCAACAUGGAACAGAGCACUGAGGUGUGGCAUCACCUGUGCUGAGUACAGAGGGAUGGCCACCUCCCUGCUUCUGCUGGCAAUGCUAUUUCUGAUACAAGCCAGGAUGCUAUUGGUCUUCUGGGCCACCUGAGCGCACUGCUGGCUCAGUUCAGCUGAGCAUCAAUCAGCACCCCCAGGUCCUUCUCCUCCACACAGCCUUCCAGCUGCUCUGCCACAAGCCUGUUGUAAUGCAUGGGGGUUGUUGUGGCCAAAGAGCAGGACCUGGUACUUGGUCUUGGUGAAGCUCAUCCUGUUGGCCACAGUCAGCUAUCCAGCUUGUCCAGAUCAUUCUGUAGGGCCUUCCUAGCCCCAGGCAGAUCAACGCUUGCUCCAACUUGGUGUAAUCUGCAAGCUUCCAUACGGUGCACUCAGUCCCCUCCUUUGGUUAAUCAAUAAAGUUCUUAAGCAGGGUUGCCCCAGUACUGACCCUUGGAGAACACCACUCAUGACUAGUUGCCAGCUGGAUGUAUCUCCAUUCACCACCAUUCUCUGGAUGGUAGUGAAAAUAGUACGCAGGCAGGAAAAACGACUUUCUGCUGUUGGGAUGGGGCACUAAGCUAGAUGCACUGACUUCUGUCACAUUAGGGUUUUUCUUAAUUACUUUAUUACUGCUUUUUCCUUGCAUAAUUGAGGUCUGUACUUUGCUGUGCCUCCUGUAGGCAUGGAGAAGUGUGUAACUUCUGCAUAUGUUAAGCUGGCUGAAAGAUUGUCCUGUGUGUAUUCAUCACAGUUGGCUGCAGUGUUAAGGCGAACAAAAUCCUGUCCUACUUGUGUCACGUUCUCUUUGCUCACCCUUUGGAAGAAGUGAGAUUGCUGCUGGAAUGGUUUGUUGAAAUGCUUACUGAUAACACUGGCAAAUCCGUGACAUGGCAUAACCAUGGCUAGAAGAGCAGUCAGAGCUUCCCAGAAUCACACUUACUCUGCAGCCAUGGCAAAUAUAUUGUUUUCUUAAAUCAUACAUCCUCCUAUUUAAAAAUAAAUUGUUUUAAUGUAAAUAUGAUGCGAGACUAACAGAAACUGCUUUCUGAAAGCAUCUGUAGAAAUUAGUAAAUGUGUGUAAGGAAAGUGGUAGAAAUCAAGUAAAGAAUCUGGAAAAUUCUGAUUAGUUAGGGCUGGACUGUCAGUCUUUCGGAAAUGGGGAGAGGAGGAUUUUUGCCUCAGACUAUCUGAAAAAUGUGAGAGUUCAAAUGUAAAGCAAGUCUGAGAUGCAUGGGCUUUCUGCAUGUAGCCCAUUUCAAGACUUAAUCAACAUGCAUUUGAGGCAGAAACACAAAUUGUGGUCUGUAUUUAAAAAAAAAAAAAACAUCAGAGAAUACAGAAAUUGUGUAUAGGUAUCAGUGUUAUCUCAAGGGAGAGAAUACAGCAAGCUUGGACGCAUCCUAUCAAGGGGUAUUGUAAAGCUGAAAAUAGAUAAAAGGACAGAAUGUUUAGAAGGUUUGGAAGAAUAGGCAAUUUAACAUUUUAGUAAGUGAGACUGCUGAAGUGUGUAGUUUAUAAUGCUGAUAAUCAGGGCAGUUGAAAGGUGACAGAUCAGAAGCUAAAGAGUUGAUAAUGCGUAUUACGUGUUAUUGAGCUCCAUAAAUUUGGGAAGAAGAGGUGUGUGGAUGAGCAGUGACGGAGGCAUCUGGUUGGGUAUGUCUGUCAAUAUUGGCUCCUAGGGAAAACACAGCUUGAGUGUCCUGCUUAGCAUUGGAUUGAAAAUGUUGGCUAUUGUGAUUGUUUCUGUAGUUUGCUGUAGCUGGGGCUCCAGUAUAAUGCUUCUGCAGUCUGCAAAACUUGACCUGCAGCCUGAUGUAUUGGCCACAGUUCUGUAAUAAUUUAACACCAUUGAAAGAACAGUUCUUCUCGUGCUAUAGUCUUAUAUGAAGGUGAAACCUUUCAUUUAGAAUAGAUGAGUUAUUAUUUAAAGCUGCCUGUGGAAUAUAACCCCGCUUUUGUUGACUUGUUGGUUCUCAUUGAAAUUGCGAAGGCGUGAUGAAGCAGAAAUCAGCCUGAAGUGUCCCAAAUGAACCAUUGCUGUUUUGCAGAUGAGAAACCUUACAAGGUGAGGUAUAUUUUGGAUAGAAGUGAGGAGCGUGCCUGCACAGUAUGCACAUAAGCUGCCUAGAAAGCUCUGAUUGAGUAGCUUGAAGGUAACAUUUUGUACUUGACCUCAACAGGGAACUAACUAUUACAACUUAGAGUGCUGAAGUUUGACAGCACGGUAAGUUUGUGGAAUUCAGAUAUCCUGUUACUGCCUGGAAAUAAGACUAGUUCUGACUUUAAUGCAGUGCUCUUGUCUGUAGAUGAUGCUGUCCUCAAACAAACUCCAAUAGCUGUCUGCUUAAAAUGAUACAGCUGAUUUGGGGCUUAUAUUUUAAUAUCUGAAAGUAGCCUCAUACAAAUUGUAAUACUAGGCAGUGUAUAUAUAUGUAUAUACAUAAAACUGGCUAUCAUUUCUUCUAAUCGGUUUGAAGUACAAAUAGAGAUGAAUGCCAGACAUAGCUCAAGCUUCAGCAUCCCUCCUGAUGUUUUAUGUAAAUGUCCUGAUUGGGUAGUUGAUAUCAAAUGAAAAGGUGUUAGAAUUCAAAACAAAUACAACUGCACCAUUCAGGUAGCUACAAAAUGAGAUAUUAAAUUUCCUUCAAUGGAUUUUGAAAGACUUGAUGAUUUAAAUUAGUGACCUUUUGGAAGGUUGAUUAUCUGUCAGCUGUUGAGUUGUAGAUUAGAGCCAUGGAAUAAACUCAUCAUCAAAAUUUAAAGUGAAUUUCAGAUCCACCUUCUGAACUAUUAAAUGAAUUGUUUGGAGGUGGCAUGUCCUAUAGCAUUUGAUAAUGGAAGAUCCUAAGCAAGGAAUGAUCUUAAGUAAAACCUCAGUGCUAAUAUGUCUGUUUCGGUUUGCAUUUUUAGGGAUCAGACAGAAAUCUCUAACUGUGUGCUGAGUUUUCUGUCUGGUGGAAGUCAUGUCAUCCAUACUGCCAUUCACUCCACCGGUUGUGAAGAGACUUCUUGGAUGGAAAAAAUCUGCUGGUGGCUCCGGAGCGGCCAGUGGUGAGCAGAAUGGGCAGGAGGAGAAGUGGUGUGAAAAAGCAGUGAAAAGCUUGGUCAAGAAGCUGAAGAAAACAGGACAGCUGGAUGAGCUUGAGAAGGCCAUUACCACUCAGAACUGCAAUACGAAGUGUGUGACAAUACCAAGAUCUCUGGAUGGCCGACUACAGGUGUCGCAUCGUAAAGGGCUUCCGCAUGUUAUCUACUGCCGUCUGUGGCGCUGGCCGGACCUCCACAGCCACCAUGAACUUAAAGCAAUUGAAAACUGUGAAUACGCUUUUAAUCUUAAGAAGGAUGAAGUGUGUGUUAACCCAUACCACUACCAGAGAGUGGAGACACCAGUCUUGCCUCCUGUACUAGUGCCACGGCACACUGAGAUCCUGACAGAGCUUCCUCCUCUUGAUGACUACACCCAUUCCAUUCCUGAGAACACUAAUUUCCCAGCUGGAAUUGAACCACAGAGCAAUUACAUACCAGAAACACCACCUCCAGGAUAUAUCAGCGAAGAUGGAGAAACAAGUGACCAGCAGUUGAACCAAAGCAUGGAUACAGGAUCUCCAGCAGAGCUGUCUCCCAGUACUCUCUCUCCAGUCAACCAUAGCCUGGACUUGCAGCCAGUCACUUACUCGGAGCCCGCAUUCUGGUGUUCAAUAGCAUAUUAUGAAUUGAAUCAAAGAGUGGGAGAAACCUUCCAUGCAUCACAGCCGUCUCUGACUGUAGAUGGCUUCACAGAUCCAUCCAAUUCCGAACGGUUUUGUCUAGGUCUGCUUUCCAACGUCAACAGAAACGCAACAGUGGAAAUGACAAGGCGGCACAUAGGGAGGGGAGUGCGUCUCUAUUACAUCGGCGGAGAAGUCUUUGCUGAGUGUCUCAGUGAUAGCGCAAUUUUUGUUCAGAGCCCCAACUGUAAUCAAAGAUAUGGCUGGCAUCCUGCAACUGUCUGCAAAAUCCCACCAGGAUGCAAUCUAAAAAUCUUUAAUAACCAAGAGUUUGCUGCUCUUCUGGCUCAGUCUGUGAAUCAGGGUUUUGAAGCAGUUUAUCAGCUUACCAGAAUGUGUACCAUCAGGAUGAGUUUUGUUAAAGGAUGGGGAGCUGAGUACAGGCGGCAGACUGUUACAAGCACUCCUUGCUGGAUUGAACUCCAUCUGAACGGACCUCUACAGUGGCUGGACAAAGUAUUGACUCAGAUGGGCUCCCCUUCAGUACGCUGCUCCAGCAUGUCGUAAAACUCCUUCCUCUGCUACCAGUGGGCUGAAUACUAAGACCUAUCAACAGACUUCAUAGAAAAGCUCGUCUAUCGUAGUAUUUGUGUGUGGUCCUCAUGAACUCUUUACUAUCCAAAAAAAAGCUUCUUUUUUUUUAAUGAAAAACAGCACUUGAGGUCUCAUCAAUUAAAGCACCUUGUGGAUUCUGUUUCCUAUACUCUGAUACUAGAUGAAAACUUAGUAUAUAGAAAUGCCUUCUUCAGAGAGAAGGAGGAACAGCUCUAAAGAUUCUUAAUGGUGUUUUUAUUGGGUAUAUAAUUGAGUGUCCUAAUGGUUUAUCAAUAACAUGAAUAGCUAAGUAUAUGUAAGGGCAAUGUAUCAUGAUCUCUGAUAUCACAGUAUUGUGCUGUUCUACAUUUUAGUUCCCAUAGUUAGACGUUUGGUUUGUUUUUAGAUUGAGGCAAAUCUCUCAAAAUAUCAAGACUUGACUCCUAUCUUCUUUUAUAUUUUUUAUAUAAGUAGGUUUUCAAGUUGUCCUAAACAUAAAAAGCAGACUUUACUAGUAUAAAAGCUUAACUUUUUUGCUGCCUUCUUAAAGAUAAAGAAAAUCCCUCCCCUGGAAGGGAAAUAAAUGUCUGAGAUUUAUCUGAAAUCUCAAGACAACUUAUGUAUUCUUAAUGGGGCCUAAAAUGAAUCUCUGUACUCUAUAUGCUGAGUAUCCAUCACACUAGGAGUCUACUUUUCCCUACCCAUAUGAGCUGAUGCAUCUGUUGCCAGUAGUAUUGCUGGCACUGUGUUUUUUGGGAUUUUUUUUUUUUUGUACCUUGGAUCACUGAAGUCAGUGCUUUUCUCAUAGAGUGAGAAUUGACCAUAGCGUUGGAUACUGGAUUAAAUACAGAAGUGACUUACCCCUUACGUCUGUAUGCUUUCAAUAAACAGAUGCUACUAAAAAUCUUGGGUGUUUUUUUUUUGAGCCAAACACCUUGGAAAAUCCUUUCCCAGGGUAAACUAGACUCUUUCUUAUAGGUUUUAAAUAGAUGCAGCUUCUUAACAUGUUUCAGUAACAGAAUUUAAAUCUCUGAUCUGAGUAGCUUUGUACAGCUUAUUGACAUACCAGGUCAUACUCAUUCAUUAUGUCAUAAUGGGCCUUGUUAUUAAAAGUAGUUGCUUCUGCAAAACCUUUAGGAUAGUGGUUGCUGAGGUAUGACCAGCGAAGGAGGGUUUCUAGGUUCUUCACAACUGUGCAUGUUAUUGUGAACCCUUGGACACUACAACUGCACCAUAUUAAAAAUAUUCUGAAAUAUAUUCUUCAGAUAAGUCUGGGUUGGGUAAGGGUUGGGAAACUGUAUAGAAGGGUUAUUCUGACUUGAAAAAUGUACAUCUUACUAACAAUCUUGUGAUCUAGCUGUCUGUCAUUCUUAUGUUAUUGUGGCAGUAGCAGGAUUGCUUUUGUCCUUUCCCAUGGUUUCACGCAUUACACUAGCACUGUACUUUGUAAGUGCGGCUAGUGAUAACUUGGAGAACAAAAACGUGGCCAGUGUUACAGCUUUUAAUCAGUUGACUGAAUUGAGGAUAGUCAUGGAUAAUUUUAUGCCGUAAUGACUAGGACAUAGAAGCAAUACCAAAAUAUCAAGCUUCGGAAAAGAGGGCCAACCACCUUUUAAAAAUUGACAAAGCAGUUACCAGUUUGUGCUAGUUUUACCAGUAGACUAAUGUAUUGGUAGAACUUGUGAACCUAAGAAAUAAGCUUCAUGAGUGUUGCAUUUGCCUAAUAUGUGAAUACACUAAUAAAAGUUUUAAUUCUCA